AUGAAAAUUUGGAUAUUUCUACCAAUUUUUGUGGUUUCCGCCGUGAAAUUCAACUACACCAGUUUGAUUCGAGGAACCCUGAGUUGUGAAUCGAAAAGAGCUGGAAAUUUGGAGUUGGAAUUGAUGGAAAGUGAUCCUGGUGGGUGAUUUUUGGCUGAAAAUAUCUGAAAUUCUCCGAAUUUCCUAGCCUUGUUUGGUCUCAUUUUGUAGCCCUUGAAAUUCUAUGAGUUAGGCUAACCCCCAUUUUUCUAGUCACCGGCGAUGACAAAUUGAAUCAAACAAAAACCGACAAAAAUGGCGAAUUCGAGAUUUUUGGCUUCGAAGAAGAGUCGAAAUAUGAUCCAUAUUUGCUCAUAAAACACAAAUGCAAUGUGAAAGACGUGAAAAACAAGGUAUUUUCGGCUGAAAAUCACAUUUUCAGCCACAAAAACCCUCUGAAAUUUCGAAUUCUUCAGAAAUGCUAUCGAAAAUCACGAUACGACAUUUACCAGAAGGAAAUUCAUCAGGAAUUUGAACUGCCCUUUUUAUCAUUGGAUAUUUAUACGAAAAAAGAUGAGGAGAUUUGUGAUUAA